CUGCUCCUCCCCGGGGAGCUCGCUUCGCCUCGCGAGCGGCCUUUCCUAGCUUUUAUAUCUGCGCCAGCGCCAAGCGCCAGUGGGAUAACCUACCUCUGCCUGUACUUACUUACAGCAGGAGCCGCUGCCGUCGCCGCCAUUUCCACUUGCUCGUUUACUUGCCGGCCGCAACGGUUUCAGCCUAGCCACCGCGGGUUUCCCUGCUGGCCGGAGGAACGGCGCGCGUGUUCCGUUGCAGCAAGGACAUGGAAGGAGACGGCGACGCUAGGUCGAGAGCGACACUGGCCUGGGAUCUCGGGGUGCAGUGGGCGCCCGCCGCCUCGGCUGCGUACCCGCAGCAUUUCCUGCCGCCGCCGGGGGUGGCUAGCCAGCAGCAGCAGCACAUGCAGCAGGAGCUCACUAGCCUCAAGCUGGGGAAGCGCCCGUGCUCCUUGCCCGGCGGCCAGGUGGCUGUGGCUCAGGUCGACGGGAGCGGAGGCGGCUGCGGGCGUGCCGCGGUGGAGGGCAAGAGGAAGGAGAAGGCGGCCGGGGCGGCGGCAACGGCGGCCAUGCCGAGGUGCCAGGUGGAAGGGUGCCACAUGGCGCUGGCGGGGGCCAAGGAGUACCACCGGCGGCACAAGGUGUGCGAGGCGCACUCCAAGGCGCCCAGGGUCAUCGUGCACGGCGCCGAGCAGCGCUUCUGCCAGCAAUGCAGCCGCUUCCACGCGAUGGCGGAGUUCGACGACGCCAAGCGGAGCUGCCGGCGGCGGCUUGCCGGCCACAACGAGCGGCGCCGGAAGAGCAACGCCAGCGACGCCAUGGCCAGGGGCUCUGCGCACGCACACGGGGUGGCGUCGUUGGUGCACGGCUUCGCGCCGUACGGCGGCCUGCCGACGUCCCCGGCUGGUGCUCUCUCUCUUCUGUCAUCGGCCAGAGCCGCCCCCUGGCUAGUCCCGACGACGCCCGGCGACGCAUUCUCCGCCCGCUCCAGCAGCGCCGCGCUGGACGAGCUCAUCGCCGAGAACCGCGCGGCGCUCCUGGCGUGCCACUUCUUCCCCCAGCGCUCGGCCGCCCGGCCGGCCGCGGCAGAGAUGGCGCCCGCCUGGCACCAAGCGCACCAGCAGGCCCCGCCAGGCCACGACCAGGGAGCUCCUCUUCCGGCGGGGGCGGGGCACGUCACGCUCGACCUCAUGCAGGCGCCCGGCACGGCGGGCCUGCCGUUCCGGCCCAUGGCGCAGGGCAGGCCAGCCGAGGACGGCGACGCGGGCCGUAGCUCGGGCGUGUGGACGCCCCUGCAGGGCGCCCACGCCGUCUGAGCUCGCCACAUGGUGCAAGUACGUAUACCGGAGUAGUACGCAGCAUGGGCGCGGCUGGGGCUUUGGUCGUUGUGUCGACCGUGCAAUCAACUUGAGUUGGACAACAGUGUACUGUCUGUCUUGUAGCGGGUGCUAGCUGCAUCCCCUUCUUUUCUUCUCCCCCGGCAAAGCGCCCCAAGUAAAUUCUGGUCCUGAACUCCAGCUUGGGUUAAUUCGAGAUCAUGGGCGGGCGGUCGGUCUUUCA